CGUCAUGAUGCACCAGCAGUUGGAAACGGCCUGCUUUGCAUCUGUACAAUAGCCUUCCCGACGGCAAUUUGUUCUUGGCUUCCUGGCCUGUUUGAACAAUAUGUCUGCAGCCUAGUGCGUACCUAAGAGGUCGGCAUUCUUCUCUUAUCUCCCAGGCAGUAUGGUUCACCAACACGGCGAUCACGUCGAGAUCCCGCACGAGCAUCGGGUUCACAAACCCGGUGCGUGGCUGCCGGCGGAUCACCGGGUCCAUCGGAAGUGGCUGGCCCAUGCAAUCGACCACAUCGAUAAGCAUGGCGAGAAGGAACUCGUGCCGGUGCUGCGCGAGUUCAAGGAGCUGAUCGAGAACAACCCCCGCAUCUACAUGUACUUCACCGAGAUGUGGGACGAGAUCCCCAACAAGCCGCCGUACAACAAGGACCCUACCGGCAAGCGUCAGAUCCGCGACUACCACCACAUGCUGCAGGUCCUGAACCACGUGUUUGGGAGCGCCCCUGAAUGGACCGAUGCGGCUGCAAGCGUGGGCAUGGUCGGCGUCCCCAUGUGCGCCAUCUUCGACUACGCCAUGGGCACCCCGAGCGGGCAUGCCGCUUUCCUAGAUCCCGAUGUCAAUCGCAUGCUGAAGAAAAUCCUUAACGAAUGGGGCGAGUAUCUCAAGGUUAGUCAGUUAUCACCCGAGUCGGCAAAGGUCCUGGGCAGCCACCGCGCCGGCUGGUUUGGUGAAGUGGGCUACGCGGACCUUAUGGAAGUCGCCAAUGCGCCCAGUAAGACCUCGUUCAAGUUCGAGGACAUGUACAAGUGCGAUCCGACCAAGCCGCAUUUUGGCUUCAAGUCGUGGGACGACUUCUUUACGCGCCAGCUACAGGAAUCGGCACGGCCGGUGGCGUCCCCCGACGACGACAACGUCAUCGCGAACGCGUGCGAGUCCAAGGUCUUCAACGUGGUCCGCAACGCGAAGCUGCGCGACAAGUUCUGGAUCAAGGCGCAGCCGUACUCGGUCGUGGACAUGCUCGGCAACGACCCGCUGAGCAGGCACUUCGACGGCGCGACGGUGUACCAGGCCUUCCUGUCGGCGCUGUCGUACCACCGGUGGCACGCGCCCGUGUCGGGCACGGUGCGGCGCUGCUUCGUGCGCGACGGCACCUACUUCAGCGAGCCGCUGUUCGAGUCGCCCGUCGAGGGCGGCCAGAUCGACACGCAGGGCAUCCGCGUCGCGCAGGGCUACCUCACCGCGCUGGCCACGCGCGCCGUCAUCUUCUUCGAGGCCGCCAGCCCCGCCGUCGGCCUGAUGGCCUUCGUCGGCGUCGGCAUGGACGAGGUCAGCUCGUGCGAGAUCACGGUCCGCGAGGGCCAGCGCGUCCGCAAGGGCGACGAGAUCGGCAUGUUCCACUUUGGCGGCUCCUCGCACUGCCUGCUGUUCCGGAAGGGCGUCAAGGUCGGCCGCUUCCCCGAGCUCGGCAGGCAGGAGAACGUGCCGGUGCGCGGGCAGGUCGCCGUCGUCGAGCCGUGAGGAUGGAGCCAACAUUCCCAGGAAGGGGGUGGGUGUGCACCGGUGAGAAGUGCGGAACAUGGUGCAUUGACCGAGGGUUUUA